AUGUCGUGCGCGCAUAACCACGGGCAGCGCCCGACGCCGUACCCGGUCGAGAACCUCAAGGUUGGGAAUAAGUGGAUCAAGAGCCUGACCCAAAACCGCCUGGGCACCUUCACCGGCGGCUUCUUCGCCGACGUCAACCUCUACUCCAAGCUCUACGCCCUCCGCACCGACGCCUCCUCCGCCAUCUCCAUGACAGUCUGGUCCGCGCCCGGCCUCACAAAGCCCUCCUUCGCCGAAGCGAUGAAGCAAUCUUUCCGCUCAGUUCAUAAAGGAGAGAGCUUCGGACCGAGCUGGACGAACCAUUGGUUUAAAGUUCAUCUGGAGGUGCCGGGGGAGUUUGAGAAGUAUGAGGUCGUGCAGUUCGAGUUUGAUCCGGGGUGCGAGGGGAUGGUGUUUACGAGCGAUGGGACGCCGCUUCAAGGACUCACUGGAGGGUCUGGUGGCGACAGACGCGUGGAGUGGAUUUUGCCGAAGGAGGCGAGGGAGGAGGGGAAGGUGGAUAUCGUUAUCGAGGUUUCGUGCAACGGGAUGUUCGGCGUGCCGUGGAACGGCGACACGAUCAUGCCGCCGGACAACAACCGCUAUUUCACGCUCGCCUCGGCCGACCUCGUCGCGCCCAACCCAACCGCCUGGGCCCUCAUGCUCGACUUCGACGCGCUCAAACAGCUCGCGGACUCGCUCCCCGGCAACACCGCUUUACAAAACAAGGCGAUCGUCACGGCGAACGAGAUCAUGAAUGUCUUCAAGACGGGCGACGAGAGCACGAUGGUGGAGGCGCGGAAGCGGGCGGAGGAGGUGUUUGGGGUCGGGUGGGAGAGUAAGGGCGCGGGGGUGUAUGAGGAGGGGGCGAAGGAGGCGGAGGUGGUGGGGAUCGGGCAUUGUCAUAUCGACACCGCGUGGUUGUGGCCGUACAGGGUCACGCAGCAGAAGGUGGCGCGGUCCUGGGCGACGCAGGUCGAUCUUAUGGAUCGCUACCCCGAGCACCGGUUCGCGUGCAGCCAGGCGCAGCAGUACAAGUGGCUCGAGCAGCUGUACCCGCCCCUCUUCGAGAAAGUGAAAGAAAAGGUGCUCGACGGGCGCUUCCACCCGAUCGGCGGGUCCUGGGUCGAGAACGACGCGAACAUGCCGAGCGGGGAGGCGCUCGUGCGGCAGUUUGUGUUCGGGCAACGCUACUUCGAAUCCCGCUUCGGCGCGCGCUGCCGCACGGCCUGGCUCCCCGACACCUUCGGCCUCUCCGGCGCGCUCCCGCAGCUCAUCCGCGCCGCGGGCAUGGACUAUUUCUUCACGCAGAAGCUGAGCUGGAAUAAUAUCAACACGUUCCCGCACUCGACGUUCAACUGGGUCGGGAUCGACGGUACACAGGUGUUGUGCCAUAUGACGCCCGUCGACACGUACACGGCCCAGGCGACCGUCGGCGAUAUCACUAAGGGCAUCAACAACCACAAGAACCUCGAGAGCCACGCGGGCGCGCUGCUCGUGUUCGGGAACGGCGAUGGCGGCGGCGGGCCGUUGAGCAAGAUGUUGGAGAACCUCCGCCGCAUCCGUGCGACGUCGAACCACUCACGCGAGAUCCCGCCCGUGAGCAUGGGCGCGUCCGUCGACGACUUUUUCGCGGGCGUGCGCGAGACGAGCAGGGGCGGGCGCACGCUGCCGAAUUGGCAUGGCGAGCUUUAUCUCGAGUUCCACCGCGGCACGUACACCUCGCACGGCUCGAUCAAGAAGGGCAACCGCAAGUCGGAGAUCCUCAUGCGCGACGUCGAGCUGCUCGCGACGGCCGCGAGCGUGCAUAAGCCGGGGGAGUACACGUACCCGUGGGAGAGGAUCAACGAGUGCUGGGAGAAGGUGCUUUUGAACCAGUUCCACGACGUCCUCCCGGGCAGCGCGAUCGGCAUGGUCUACGACGACGCCGAAGCGCUCUACGCCGAAGUCGCCAAAUCCGCACACGACCUCAUCGAGCACGCCUUCCGCAUCCUCCUCCCCAACUCCGUCCCGCUCCUCCCCACCAACGCCGCGCAGCUCACGCGCGGUGCGCAACUGAUCGGGUACAACACUACGCCGUUUGCCAGGGAGGAGGUCGUGGUUGUGCCGCUUGAGGGCAAUGCGAAGGCUCUCGGAGGGAGCGUUGUGGGGGUUAGUAGGGACGGGAGCGAGGGGUAUGCGCUUAUGCGCUCGGACGAGGGCAGCCAGAUCGCGCUGCCCGUAUCCCUCCCGGCCGAAUUCGGCGCCGUGAGCGCGACCAGCACCGGACCCUCUUCAUGCGUCCUGCGCGGCCCCGCCGUCCAGCUCACAAUCAACAACGGCCGCAUCGAAUCGCUGUACGACGUCAAGCUCGGGCGCGAGCUGAUCCGGUACGGCGAGAGCGGCGGGCUGGUCAUUUUCGAGGACCGGCCGAAUUAUUGGGACGCGUGGGACGUCGAGAUUCAUCAUUUGGAGAAGAGGACGGAGUUAAGGUUCGAGGGGGUUAAGGUGGUGAGCGAGGGGGGUGUGCGGGCUGCUGUUGUUGCGGAGGUGAAGUAUGGGAAGAGUAAGAUUUUGGUCACAAUCUCGCUCGACGCGCUCCCUACAACACCCUCGGCCGACUCCCGUCCCUCAUUUAAGUUCGAGGCGAAGGUAGACUGGCACGAGCGGCACGAGUUCCUCAAAUUCGAGUUACCCUUAGACAUCCACGCCGACGUCGCAACCUACGAAACCCAAUUCGGCCACGUCCAGCGGCCCACGCACGGCAACACGACCUGGGACAUGGCCAAGUUCGAAGUGUGCGGCCAUAAAUACGCGGACCUGAGCGAGUUCGGGUACGGCGUCGCGAUUCUGAGCGAGAGCAAGUACGGGUACAGCUGUCGCGGGAACGUGUUGCGGCUGAGUCUGCUGCGGGCGGCGACGGCGCCGGACGCCGAACAAGACCAAGGAGAACACGAGUUUAGCUGGGCGGUGUUGCCGCAUGUGGGACACUUUUUGGAGAGCGAUGUGCCGCGGGCGGCGUAUGUGUUCAACUCGCCGAUGCAUAUGCGCUUCAUCCCCGAACAGCCCUCUUCUGCUUCGACAUCUAUCGACGCGGACAAGCCCGGACACGCACAUAGGCGGCCGAUCGAGGUGCGCGGCGCGAAGAACGUCGUGCUCGAGACUAUCAAGCGCGGAGAUCUGGACGAGGAGAAGAACGUGAAGACGGUCGUGCUGAGGCUGUACGAAGCGUAUGGGGGGCACGCGCGGGCGGACGUUCUCAUUCGCGGGCUUGAUGUGAAGAGCGCGCAUCUUACCAAUUUGCUGGAGGAUCUCGAUCAGAGCGCCGAGGGCGUGGAGUUGCUUAGGGCCGAAACGGAUGGGGAGACGAGGUUGAGGCUGGGCUUCCAUGGGUUCGAGGUUAAGACUGUCGUGCUCGUGCUCGGCGGCGGCGGCGACAACGUGGACGGGAAUGAAGAUGAAGAUAAGGAUGAAGAGAAGAAGAUCAAGAACAAGGUUCACGGGAAGAAGGAUAGCUGGGUCGAUGUGGCGGACGUUCAAACUCAAGUUGCGGUGUAA